CCCGAGCGGCGGCACUUCCGGGGCGGUGCCGGAAGCGGCGGCGGCUGUGGAGGGGCCGCCAUGGUGUGCGACAAGUGUGAGAAGAAGCUUGGAACAGUGAUCACCCCUGAUACAUGGAAAGAUGGUGCAAGAAACACUACAGAAAGCGGUGGUCGCAAAUUAAAUGAAAACAAGGCAUUGACCUCAAAGAAGGCAAGGUUUGAUCCUUAUGGAAAAAACAAGUUUGCAAUAUGUCGGAUUUGUAAGAGUUCAGUCCAUCAGCCAGGGUCCCACUAUUGUCAAGGAUGUGCCUAUAAAAAAGGCAUCUGCUCAAUGUGUGGCAAGAAGGUCUUGGAUACGAAGAACUACAAGCAAACGUCUGUCUAAUUGUACUGACUAAUCUUUUUAUGAACUUUAGCUUCUGUUGUCUUUGUACAGUAACUUUUCUCUAAAAUAAUUUGUGAAUAUUACUUCCUGGAAGAUAGUACAUUUACUUGGAAUGAGAUGUAAAGACAGCCUGCUUGCCUAAAAUGUACAUAUUAUUUGAUUAUUAUUGUUUUAGCACUAAUAUUAACCGGUAUUUAAAGGUAAUGGCUCUCAGCAACUGAUGCAGUUCAAAGGGAAGGAGAAGAUCCAAGUGUAGAGGUGGAAACUAUGUUACCCUCAGAAGACAGAUCUUUGAGAUGAAUACUUUUUUCUCCCUAGAAAAAGUCUUCUUAUCUCAUGGUAAUUUUUAGAUGUGUAAAAUAUGAACUUGUAUCACCUCAUUAAAGUAUCUUCAUUUAAUUGUA